CUAGUCUAACACUUUGAAUGAUUGAACCAGUUAGUAGUUUACCGAUAGUUGCACAGUAUAGACAUAAGAAAGCUGCCACAACAUCCAUCAUGCAACCAUCAAGCUCAUUCAGUAUGUUCCUGCUGGUGUCGAUUGUCCUGCACACAUCCACAGCUCUUCCACUGAUGAAAUAUUUGAGCCCGGAAGAAAAAUCUGAAGAUGGAGAACUAACGACAGCCCUAGCGGAGAUCCGGCCAGAGCUUGACGACGAUCUUCCCUAUAUCCGUUAUGGAACGGUUAUGCCAGUGCUGAAAGUUGUUCUUACGCCAAUCGGACGAAUGGUGCAACCGAUGAUCGAACAGUGGAUCGCGGACCGCUUUGGACCGUAUAUAGACUCGAUCGGGCGUGCAGUCGAAGGCGUUUCCCGGUAUGCAACGGAUAAUCUUUCCUUCCAGACGGGUGACACGUACUACACCAAGAGCGAUCUCAUCGAUGGGUACGGGUACAACUCGUUGAUCAUCAACCUUCCCUCGGGCAAAACGAUGACUGUGCUGACCAGUAAAUCAAAACGAAAGCUGGAUAUAUUCGACGAGCUUCCACAGCUAUCGGAGGCACUGAACGAGGUGCGCAAACUGAAGUAAACGGGGUGGGCUCAAUCGGAGGUGAAGAUGCUAUUAGAUGAUUAGCGUAAUUUUAGGCUUUUAAUAGGAUGAUUAUUUAUUUAUGUAUUUAUU